CUAAUAUCCGAAGAGAAAAGUUUCAAAAUCUUAAGAUACCAUCAUACUAAAUGUAUCAUAAGAUUUUGUUGGGAUUCAAUAAGUGGUCCAAUUCAAAUCUUUUCUCUUCAAAUGUCGUCCUCGUGGGAGUGUAGGCAGAGAGAAGAGGAUGUCUCUAAUCAAAGCUUGGAAAGAAAGCGAAAAGUAGAAAGAGGUAAACUAAGUAAGACGAGAACCAAUUAUCGUUUUCUCACUUUUUAAACGACGGUGGACUUUGGCUGAACAUUGAGGAAUUUUGCGCAUGGCUCACUUGAAGUUGUCCGCAGUAGGAGCAUGGGUGAACAGCGAGAAGGCAUCUUUAGUUGUCAUGCACUUUUUACACGCCGAGCAUAUAGUAUGUGUCUCAUUCCUUCGAAUUAAUUUUUGGGAGCCGUUUUGGACAUUGCCGAGUAAGUGGACAAGAUGAAGAACAAGAUGGCCCUCAUCCACAAAGCCAUAGAAGAAAGAGGAGGGCGAUGACAGAAGCGGAUAUGUCUGCAAUAUGAACGGACCAAGGGGCCUUCUCAGCUCCCAGAAAAAAAAUGAGCUUAGGCUAUGGCAGAGGAGCCCAAGAAGGUGACCAAUCAGUUCGAGGCCCCGAAGUACCUAAACGAGGAGAAAACCUUACCCCCCCCCCCCCCCCCCCCCCCCCCCCCCUCCCUCUUCCAACAGAAGUGAAGCCCGUGAAGGAGCCUGUUAUUGCUGCUGUUGAAAAGCCCCAUGAGUCUGCUGAGGAGAGACGAGCAGAAAGUUAAUUUGGCUCACCGAGAUGUGGCGCUUGCUAAAAUUGAGAUGGAAAAGAGAAUGUCGCUAAUUAGAGCGUGGGAGGAGAACGAGAAUUCCAAAGUACUAAACAAGGCCCAGAAGAAGCUAUCCGAAACCAGGGUACAAGAAAACAGCAAGAAGGCCUCCGUAGAGGCUGAGCUGCAGCAGAUGAAGGAAAAACUAGGGAAGCAGAAGGCUGAGUACGAAGAGUAAAUGAAGAACAAGAGGCAGGUAGCCCUCAUCCACAAAACCGCGGAAGAGAAGAGGGCGAUGAGAGAGUCGAAGCGAGAGGAGGACCUGCUCAAGGUCGGGGAGAUGGCUGCAAAAUACCGUGCCAAGGGAGCUCCCUGAAGACGAAGGUCCUUGGGAUCUUCUGAGGAGGUUCUGAACAUCCUAGUCGUCCUAGCUUGUGACCACCAAAUCGUUAUAAAAUAAAUGUGCUUUUUAUAAAUAAUUUUUUUUAUUGUUUAUUAUUACCUACUUUUUUCUGCAGUAA